UUCUCUCUAAAAUAAAAAAUUGAAAAAAAAAGAUACUCUCUCUCUCUCUCUCUAGGUGUUUUUCGGAGCGUUGUCUCAUCGAAUCGUGAUCUAGUUUCAACCGUUGAUGUCAGUUAGUCAAAGUCACUCUUCUAGUUGCUUCGAUUUGGCUAGAUUUGGGGUUUCGUUAAUAUAGGGUUCUGUUUUUAUGAUCAGUUUCUGUAAAUCUUUCGUUAAUUAGUAUAUAUCGUCGGCUUCUAUUGGAGUUUGUGUCGGUGAAUCGUUUUGCAUUCAUUGAGCAGCGAAGAGAUAGCAACCGAGUUGGGUAAUUAAACCAACCCGCGAACAAAAGAAGUACUGGAUUUUAGUUAUUGGCUAAGAUGAUGGCAAAGAAAGGUAAAUUCAGUGGAAGGUAUCAUAGAAAUAGAUUUCACACAGCAGGUGAAAUUGAGGGUUCUGCUAGUUCAGGAAGGAUUGACAUGGAGAUUACAGUUUCUGAGGGUUCUAGUGCUCCUGGGCGGAAACUUAGCAAGUUAAAUUCCAACAAAGAGGACACUUUUGGUGUCCCUGUGCAGAUAUUUUCUCCAUCGCACCUGUCACCAUCUGAAAGGAAGGAUUUAGAACAAAGGUUGAGAUGGGAACUUGAACAAGUAAGGAAUCUCCAAAAGAGAGUUGAUUUACAGAGAACGAAUGGUGUUACACUGUCAUCUUCCAGUGACAUUCUUAGUUGUAGCAAUGGAACAAAUAGGCCUCGGAUAGAAACUUUUAGGAAGUCUUCGGCUAUGACUUCUGGGUCUGGGAAGAAAGUGAAUCUAACAGGACAGGCACGUGUAUGGAAUAGGGGUAAUUCAGGAAGGUUUAAGUCUGCAAAACAAGUUUCCAGACAGACAACACCAAUCACUCCAAAUAUAAUAUUGAUGAAACAGUGUGAGACGCUGUUGAAACGGUUGAUGUCUCAUCAAUACGGUUGGGUCUUCAACAGCCCAGUUGAUAUUGUGAAGUUGAACAUCCCGGAUUAUUAUACUAUUAUUAAGAAUCCAAUGGAUUUGGGAACCAUAAAGAGUAAGAUAUCUUCUGGUGCUUACUCAAGCCCUUUGGAGUUUAUGGCUGAUGUGAGGCUUACUUUCAAAAAUGCUAUGGUGUACAAUCCACAAGGGUCUGAUGCCUACGUUAUGGCUGAUAUUCUUAAUAAAUUUUUUGAAAUGAGAUGGAAAGCUAUUGAGAAGAAAUUACCAAGGGCUGGCGGUGAAGUUUUGCAGGAAAAUUCAGGUCCUCAUGAAGACUUUGAAACUGCUGAAACAUCUCCUGCCAAAAAGAGAAAAGUAACCUCUUUCCAACAUGACAUUAUACCAGAGCCUGGAAAGCGGGGAAUGACAGAUGAAGAGAGGCUCAAUUUAGGUAGAGAAUUGGAGUCUUUGUUGGGAGAAAUGCCUGUAAAUAUUAUUGAUUUCUUGAGGGAAAAUUGUUCAAGUGGGAGGAAUGGUGGAGAGGAGGAAAUUGAGAUAGAUAUUGAUGAACUCAGUGAUGACACCUUGUUCACAUUGCGGAAGCUCCUAGAUGACUAUUUGCAAGAGAAACGAAAGAAUGAAACCAGAGGGGAACCUUGUGAAAUAGAGCUAUUGAAUGAAUCCGGGCCAAGCAAUUCAUCCAUGCAACAGAAAAAAGGGAAUGACCUGGGUGAUGAGGAAAUUGACAUUGGUGGCAAUGGGCCUCCUGUCUCAAGCUAUCAACCUGCGGUGAUAGAAAAGGAAAAGGAUAUAGGCCAUAAGAGCAGCAAAAUCAGCUCAGAUAGCUCUAGUGAUUCAGACUCUGGCAGUUCUUCUCAAAGUGAAUCAGAUAUUGCAAAAGUUUCAAGUCCAGCAAAUGCAUCAAGGGUAUCUGAAACCUUGGUUUGUGGAGCUCGAUUAGGCAACAAAACAAAUGCUGGUGCUAAGCUUGAGAGGAAUCAAUCUGUCAGUGGUUUGGAUCAGCUUGAACAGACUUCCCAGGAAAAGCUGAGUUCUGUUGAGUCUGAUUGCCAGCAAGAUGGGGAAAGUGCUCCAAGUGAUAGCCAGGUCUCUCUUGAGAAGCGUAUUAGGCAUGCUUUGAUCAAGAACCGUUUUGCCGAUACCAUAUUAAAAGCUAAAGAGAAGACACUUUCACAGGUUGACAAGGGGGAUCCUCAGAAACUGCAGCGGGAGAGGGAGGAACUUGAACUGCAUAAAAAGAAAGAAAAGGCGAGGUUGCUUGCUGAAGCAAAAGCUGCUGAAGAUGCUCAAAGGCAAGCCGAGGCAGCAGCUGCAGCUGAGGCUAGACAGAAGAGGGAGCUUGAAAGAGAGGCAGCGCGACAGGCUUUGCUGAAGAUGGAAAAGACUGUUGAAAUUAAUGAGAACUCUCAGUUUCUUGAAGACCUGGAAAUGCUCAGGGCUGUCCCUGCUGAGCAUGUACCAAGCUCUGUAGAUGAGACGAGCCCAGAUCGCUCACAAGAUGGCUUGGGUGGGUUCAAGUUUGGGGCCUGUAACCCCUUAGAACAACUUGGUUUGUUUAUGAAAGAUGAUGAAGAGGAGGAAGAGGGUGAACCGUUAAAUGUUUUAAAUCCUUUAAAUGAAGUAGAAGAGGGAGAGAUUGACUGAACUGUGAUACUUUGUUUGUCAUGUUGAAUCAAGAAGCAAUGUUUUGACUUCUUAUCGGGGAAAAAUCACCGGCUAAGUAAUUCUGAAUGGCUGUCAGGCCAUUAGGGUCCUUUCCUUUAUAAGAUGGGCUCUUGGAUAUAGCGAACAGGACCAUGGACAGCCUGGAUGUAUAAAUAUUGUACUCAUGCACGACAUGGGAUUUACCCUGACACAUGAACUUGUGUGUAGGCCAUAUGGAAAGAUUGAUCUGGUGCACUGCGUCUGCCCAAGAGCAUAAAGGCCUUUGUAGCCAAGCAGCAGAGAGUUGUGUUGAGACCCGGUUUUAUCUAAGAGAGAUGAGUUUGGAACUAUGUGAACCCAAUAUGGUAUCUAAUGACUACAGGCUAUAUAAGAUACUUUCUUUGGGUGACCUUGGAAUUUGGUGGGAAGUCUGUUUUCUCAGUAGUAUUGUUGUUGGAAUUUUGUGGUUGAAGGUGAUGGGAUCUCAUUUGGUAGAUUGUGUUUUGAUGCUAAUGGUGGUGUAAUUGAUCUUACUAUCAGUUCUAUGGCUUUUGGGUUGGUGUGCAAUUGAUAUAGGUGGAGUGGAUUAUAGGUUAUGCGAACCAGAAACUUAUGUCCUUCGGGUUUUUGAUCAAGUCUAAUAGAGGCUGAGGAUAAUGCGCUGGGAUUCUGAUGCUCUCAAUGUGAUAAUGUGAGAGUUCAGUGUAAUGUCUAUGGACAGGGAGGGGGAUUGCAAUUACACGGUGAUGCUUGUAAGCUUGCUUCUUGCAUGUGCUAGAGUGGCCAGAAUGUCUACUGACCAUUUGGAGCAACAGUAUGGAAUUUCUGGCUCCCCUGGAUUCUUGACCUAGUUAUGCAGAAAGCCUAAUGUUGAGCAUUUUUGGAUUUCUUCAGUCUCGAAGGGCUGUUAGUAUGUUGUUUUAUUAUAGUGUCUUCUGCUGCUGAACGAUCACUUUUAUCAUCAUGUUUGCUGCGAGUUCGGUCUUCUUUUUGAAAAAUUGGGAAAAUGAGAAAAAAUAAAAUAAAA